AUGGAGUCAGUAACCAGUUCAGCGCGCGAUAGAUCUGCCGAGAUUGACAGAUGUCUGUCCAUGAUUGUGCCAUCUGCUUCUGAUGAAAUGAAGUUUGUGGGCAUGUUGAUUCUUCCUAAAUUGCUAGAACAGAACAAUUUGCAGGACAUUGAACGAGUGUUUAAAGGGAUGAAUUUCAAGUUUAUCGAGCGAUUGCUACGAACGACACACAACGUAGAUGCAGAAGUGCCUGAUCCAGUUCUGAAGGAAAUUGCAGUCAACGUGUUGGCUUGUUUUGCUCGUUUUGACAACUUGGCAACUGAACAGCACAUGGUGGAUAGAAUCCCAGCAUUAUCACGCUUGUUGACACCCAACGACACAUCGGAUAUCACAAACGAAGCCAUGCAAAUUCUGCUCCAUGUGGCAGUGAAAAAAGAAGGUCUUGUCAAAAUGCUGGAUCCAGAUGUAUUGAAAAACAUCUUGCACGUCUUACUGGAAUCAGCAAAGGAGGAGGAGAGAAAGAUGAGCACGCAAUUGCUUACUUCCGUAUACACUCGAUCCUGCCAGCUGCUGCAUUCAGACAAAAUUCCCAGCUUGUAUUCAGCCAUGAAGUAUUCUCUUCUUACACUCAUCACCAUCUUGUCAACUACAUUGGGUAACGAUCAAAGGAUGCUCAAAUUCGAGGCUCUGGAUAUUUUAUCGGUUGCAUUGCCUGAUAUUCCUAUCGAAAUGAUGAAGCAGCUCAAGCAAGAGCAGGAAAAGAAAAUGGAAGAAUGGCUGGAUCAUUUGUUGAGUGGGUUACGGCAAAUCAUGAGCAGCAAGCUUCAUGACUCGCAGAGAGGUAAAGCCAUUCUGCUGAUUGCCUGCUUAUUGCGGUGCUUUGGAAACGAAUGGCUCUUCAAGAGCUUGCAAGAUACAAAAUCCGCCAAGCGCAGAAAAGAAAAGGCUUCAUCUGACAAUGCCAACGAUCCCAUCAACAAAGCUUACGCUGAAGCCAAUUUCCCAGCAUUGUUGAUUCAUUUGGUCGCUAUCGAAGCAAAAAUCAUGAUUGACGAUAUCAAUGACCGAGUGAUCCAAGAGCACAACGAGGAAAAGACGAUUACCAACCAACAAAAGCAAUUAGUGCAAGAAAUGAUGGUGCCAGUCUACUUUGAAAUCUUGGAGGCAGCAAUGGAGUACUUGGCUGUGAACUUUGAGUCCAAUGGCAUGGAUUCUGAAAUGCUGCUGAAGCUUCGUACGACACUGUCUGACAUGAUGGACGUCGUAAUGGAGCUAUUAAAGUUUAUGCAGGGAACCAAAGAGAAUUUAGAGGACGAUAUGAUUGCACAAGCCUGUAUCCGUAUCGUAUCUAUAUGGAUGGCAGAAGAAGGUUUUGAAAUGCCUGAAUAG